CCAUGUUCCAACGAGGCUGCUUAUCCGACAUCCGUCCAGAAGCAGCAGCAGCCGUGGCUACGCGUGAAAGGCGUUCCAGGAGGUCGGGAACCAGGGCUUGCAUGGCAUGGCAUGGCAUGGCAUAGCGUGGCGUGGCCUGGCGUGGCGUGGCCUGGCCUGGCCGAGGAUCUUGAGAUGCAGCGGGCGGGACCAGAAGAAGGUGGUGAGUGGCAUGGCAUAGCCAGCCCGCCCAAGCAGACCAACCCACCCUCUCUUCGAUGUGAUGCGUGCAAUACGUUCCCGCGAUGCGAAUGUGGACACGGCAUGCGUCUUGGUGUGGACCUCGACCAGACAGGCCACAGACCAAACCAUCCGUCCGUCCGUCUGCUGGCCCGGCGUCGUGGAGGAGGUGGAGGUGGUGGUGUGGUAAUUUGGUAGUGGUGACUUGGGGGGGUUAAAGUUUUUGCACGUCGACUGACCGCCUUUGACGGUUGCUCUGUACCUGGUUUGGUAUGCCUGUAUCCGUAGGGCUACCGUGUCAUGUCGCGAGUGAUGGCAGAGCACAAGGUAGGCACCGCUCAACUCCCAGUCUCCUGCGGGUUUGGGAGGAUCCCAACGAGUGACGGCGGGAGCAGAAGAAGGCAGGCUUGUCAGCAAGGCGGGGUUUGUGGCCGUUAAGCGCCAACUGCACCGAUGUGCUGUCAAGGAAUCGGCGGUGCAUGAGAGUCGUCACGGUCGUUCGUCGAGUCGACGUGCGUGGCACCAAACCUGGCACCCGAACUGCCUGCAAGGCGGGAGAGGGAUACGUGACUAGUCGG